GCUCCAGAUGGCGUCUUCUGUGGGCAACGUGGCCGACAGCACAGAACCAACGAAACGUAUGCUUUCCUUCCAAGGGUUAGCUGAGUUGGUACAUCGAGAGUAUCAGGCAGGAGAUUUUGAGGCAGCUGAGAGACACUGCAUGCAGCUGUGGAGACAAGAGCCAGACAAUACUGGAGUACUUUUAUUACUUUCAUCUCUACACUUCCAGUGUCGAAGGCUGGACAGAUCUGCCCACUUUAGUACUCUGGCAAUUAAACAGAACCCUCUUCUGGCAGAAGCCUAUUCGAAUUUGGGGAAUGUGUACAAGGAAAGAGGGCAGUUGCAGGAGGCAAUUGAGCAUUACCGGCAUGCAUUGCAUCUCAAACCAGAUUUCAUCGAUGGUUAUAUUAACCUGGCAGCCGCUUUGGUAGCAGCAGGCGACAUGGAAGGGGCAGUACAAGCUUACGUCUCUGCUCUUCAGUGCAAUCCUGAUUUGUACUGUGUUCGCAGUGACCUGGGGAACCUGCUCAAAGCCCUGGGUCGCUUGGAAGGAGCCAAGGCAUGUUAUUUGAAAGCAAUGGAGACGCAACCGAACUUUGCAGUAGCUUGGAGUAAUCUUGGCUGUGUUUUCAAUGCACAAGGGGAGAUUUGGCUUGCCAUUCAUCACUUUGAAAAGGCUGUCACGCUUGACCCCAAUUUUCUGGAUGCUUAUAUCAAUUUAGGAAAUGUCUUGAAAGAGGCACGGAUUUUUGACAGAGCUGUGGCAGCUUACCUUUGUGCCCUAAGCUUGAGCCCAAAUCAUGCAGUGGUACAUGCCAACCUGGCUUGUGUAUACUAUGAGCAAGGCCUGAUGGAUCUGGCAGUAGACACCUACAGGCGAGCUAUUGAAUUGCAACCACAUUUCCCUGAUGCUUACUGCAACCUAGCCAACGCUCUGGAAGAGAAGGGCAGUGUUGCCAAAGCAGAAGAUUGUUAUAAUACAGCUCUGCGGCUGUGUCCCACCCAUGCAGACUCUCUGAAUAACCUAGCCAAUAUCAAAGGAGACCAGGGAAACUUUGAAGAGGCAGUUCGCUUGUAUUGUAAAGCAUUAGAAGUCUUCCCAGAGUUUGCUGUUGCCCAUUCAAAUUUAGCAAGUGUAUUGCAGCAGCAGGGAAAACUGCAGGAAGCUCUGAUGCAUUAUAAGGAGGCUGUUCGAAUCAGUCCUACCUUUGCUGAUGCCUACUGUAACAUGGGAGACACUCUAAAGGAGAUGCAGGAUGUUCAGGGAGCCUUGCAGUGUUAUACUCGUGCCAUUCAGAUUAACCCUGCACUUGCGGAUGCCCACAGCAAUCUGGCUUCCAUUCACAAGUAUUCAGGGAAUAUUCCAGAAGCAAUUGCUUCUUAUCGCACUGCUCUGAAGCUUGAACCUGAUUUUCCUGACGCUUAUUGUGAUUUGGCUCAUUGCCUGCAGAUUGUCUGUGAUUGGACAGACUACGAUGAGCGAAUGAAGAAGUUGGUCAGCAUUGUGGCUGACCAGCUGGAGAAGAAUAGGUUGCCUUCUGUGCAGCCUCAUCAUAGUAUGCUCUAUCCUCUUUCUCAUGGCUUCAGGAAGGCUAUUGCUGAGAGCCAUGGGAACCUCUGCUUGGAUGAGAUCAGUGUCCUUCAUAAACCACCGUACGAACAUCCAAAAGACUUGAAGCUCAGUGAUGGUCGACUGCGUGUAGGAUACGUGAGUUCUGACUUCGGGAAUCAUCCUACUUCUCAUCUUAUGCAGUCUAUUCCAGGCAUGCACAAUCCUGAUAAAUUUGAGGUAUUCUGUUAUGCCCUGAGCCCAGAUGAUGGCACAAACUUCCGAGCGAAGGUGAUGGCAGAAGCCCAUCAUUUCAUUGAUCUUUCUCAGAUUCCAUGCAAUGGGAAAGCAGCUGAUCGCAUCCAUCAAGAUGGUAUACACAUCCUUGUAAAUAUGAAUGGUUAUACCAGGGGUGCUCGAAAUGAACUCUUUGCUCUCAGGCCAGCUCCUAUUCAGGCAAUGUGGCUGGGCUACCCUGGGACCAGUGGCGUGCUUUUCAUGGAUUAUAUCAUCACUGAUCAGGAAACUUCACCUGCUGAAGUUGUUGAGCAGUAUUCUGAGAAACUGGCUUAUAUGCCCCAUACUUUCUUUAUUGGUGAUCAUGCUAAUAUGUUCCCUCCCCUGAAGAAGAAGGCAGUCAUCGAUUUUAAGUCCAAUGGGCACAUUUAUGACAAUCGGGUUGUGCUGAAUGGCAUCGACCUCAAAGCAUUUCUUGAUAGUCUCCCAGAUGUGCAGAUUGUCAAGAUGAAAUGUCCUGAUGGAGGAGACAACGCAGACAGCAGUAAUACGGCUCUUAAUAUGCCUGUCAUUCCUAUGAAUACUAUUGCAGAGGCAGUUAUUGAAAUGAUUAACAGAGGACAAAUUCAGAUAACAAUUAAUGGAUUCAGUCUUAGCAAUGGACUGGCAACUACCCAGAUCAACAUUAAGGCUGCCACUGGAGAGGAGGUUCCCCGUACCAUUAUUGUAACCACACGUUCUCAGUACGGGUUACCGGAAGAUGCCAUUGUGUACUGUAACUUCAAUCAGUUAUAUAAAAUUGACCCAUCUACUUUGCAGAUGUGGGCAAAUAUUCUGAAGCGUGUUCCCAAUAGUGUGCUGUGGCUGUUGCGUUUUCCAGCAGUAGGAGAACCUAAUAUUCAACAGUAUGCACAAAAUAUGGGCCUUCCCCAGAAGCGUAUCAUUUUUUCACCUGUUGCUCCUAAAGAGGAACAUGUUCGGAGAGGCCAGCUGGCUGAUGUCUGCUUGGACACUCCACUCUGUAAUGGACACACCACAGGGAUGGAUGUCCUUUGGUCAGGGACACCCGUGGUGACUAUGCCAGGAGAGACUCUUGCUUCCCGAGUUGCAGCUUCCCAGCUCACUUGUUUAGGCUGUCUUGAGCUUAUUGCUCAAAAUAGACAAGAAUAUGAAGACAUAGCUGUGAAACUGGGAACUGAUCUAGAAUACCUGAAGAAAAUUCGUGGCAAAGUCUGGAAGCAGAGAACAUCUAGCCCUCUGUUCAACACCAAACAAUACACAAUGGACCUAGAGCGGCUCUAUCUACAGAUGUGGGAGCAUUACGCAGCUGGCAACAAACCUGAUCACAUGAUUAAGCCUGUUGAAGUCACUGAGUCGGCCUAAAUAAUGACUGUGUGCACAGGAGAAUUACCCUGUACCUGAGCCUCAACCUUCUGGGGGAAAGGGAACUACUUUUUCCUUAUCUGUACAAUACCAUGCUGCAGAUGGGUGACAGACAAUGAUAAGAAAUAGCACAGCCAGACUUGCUUCCUGCAUGAUCAUGAUCACGAUAGGGAGAGACACAAGAGAUGGGAAACUGCUGUUCCACAAGGAGUCUCCAUAGAAUUUUGCAGCAGCCAGGUGUCUGGAAGGUCUGGAAGUGAGUCCUGUUCUACCUUUUUCUUUCAGCAGAAAUGAAAUCCCAGGUAAGUAUAAGUAUUCAAAUAUUUGAUCAGUAAGUCACAGUUAUCUCCAGUACAUUAAAUAACUUUCAUCAAAAAACAUGUUAUAGGUAAAAAGCUCUGAAGGACCAGCUAUGUAUAUGAUAAUUAUGUUUCAGACCUUCUAGGGUAUUAUAUAUAAUAACUUGUCUUCUGGACGUGGUCUUGAAGUCUUUAUGGAUUCAGUCUCAGUAGUAGCGAACUGCACUGCUACUUGGUUUGGAGUACAAAUUAGACUUUAGCCCUCCUGGAGGUUGAGUUUUUGGUAUUGAAAACCAUAGGAAUGAAAUUAUUGUAUUUCAACAAAGGAUCGAGGGCUUGAGGCUUAAACAAGGCAACAUACGUGUGGGAAGCAGUCAGCCUUGAGGGCAGGUAAGGACAUGCCAGGCAUGCGGCCGCUGCUCGAAGGGACUGUCCCUACUUGUUCCCCUCCUUGUUCCAUUCCAUGGGAGAUAAAUCACCAGAGCCCAGAGAUCAGAAAGAAUGUAAAAUGAGACAAGCAAAGCUGUCUCCCCCCUGCACAUGCAGGUUAUUUUUGAUGCUUCUGGGUUUAUGGGUUUCCUCCCAGGGAAGUUAACCUUGAGCCGAGACAGUCUGUAGAUAAUGUAAACCACCAUCUGGCAACCUUCCGAUUUCUAGUCUAUAUAAUCUGCAACUGUAGCAUAAUAAAAUUUGCCUUGCAACCAUCAGUUGUCUUGGUCCUUCUGACCCCAUCCGUCGGUGCUACUUCAGUUCCUUACCCCUUCCCUUCUGACCCUGGGCGGUGAGAUCCUCUUUCUCCGGCUGGUCCGCGGCAAGUGGCACUCGAACAGGGACCUGAAGCGUGAAGGCAAUUAAAAGAAAAAGAAAGUGCAGGUAAGAGAACCCUUAUGCAAAAUAUGUGUGGCCACCAGUAAAAGUGAAACGAAUAGAGGCAUAAGGCAAUAGUCAGAAGUAAAAUAAGAUGGGGCAAAAGGGCUCAAAGAUGUAUGAAUUAUUUGCUCAGGUUUUACUUUUGAUGCUUAGAGCUCGGGGUAAUAAAGUUUCUGAACUUUAUUGUUGACUGAAUUUUUACAGCAUAUCCAUGGUGUAUCUCCCUGGUUUCCUGAUGGCGGCUCUGUUGACAUAGAAAUCUGGCAGAAAGUUGGAGAAGAUUUAAAAAAUUAUUACGAGUCUCGAGGGCCUACUCAUACUCCUGUUGUUACAUAUAGUUUGUGGACUCUGAUAAAAAUAUGUUUAGAUUCUUCUCAUGAUAGUGUUGAUUUGAAUGUAAAGUCAGAAAAACAUAAGCCUCUGACAGAAGGAGAGACUGUAUUAUCAGCUACUGUGUCGCCACUUCCUAAACCGAAAGAGCUAAUUAAUUUAAAUAUUUUAGAUGAAGAGGAACAUUUUGACUUAACAGAUGAGGCUUGUAAACAUAAAAGAGAGAAAUAUCCUGAGGAUGAUUUUCUAAUGGCUGUGAUAGAUAAGUCAGUGAAAAAGCUGCAGGUUAAUAAGGACUGUCUUCCUCAAAAAUCCACAUCUGUAAAAAUGCUGAGUCCCUUGCAGCGCGCUGUACAAGGAGCAAUAAAACGAGGAGAAGAUCCUAUUUUCUGUUGUCCCGUCAUAGAAAGACCUGGUCCUAAUAAUCCUCAACAAGCUACUAGGGAGCAUCAGGCUCUCCCUUUGAAAGUUUUGAAAGAUUGAAAAUCUGCCUGUGCUCAAUAUGGGCCAACUGCUCCUUUUACUGCUGCUAUGGUUGACAGGAGAAGCUCUUCCCCCCGCUGAUUGGAAGUCUAUUGCAUGAGCUUGUUUAAAUGGUGGAGAUUAUUUAAUAUGGAAGUUUGAUUUUUAUGAACGGGCUGCUGAACAAGCAGAAAAGAAUGCUGCCCAUAAUAUUCCAGUUGAUUAUCAUAUGCUGAUUGGGGAAGGACAAUAUCUUUCUUUACAAGAUCAAUUAACUUAUCCCUUUGUUGCUUAUCCUCAAAUAAAUCAUUUGGCAUUACAAGCCUGGAGGAAAUGUCCUUCUACACACAAAACUGAAGAUCUUUCAAAACUUAGACAGGGACCUGAUGAACCAUAUGCUGAUUUUGUAGAUAGGUUGUCACAGGCGGUGGGGAGACUCAUUGUGGACAGACUCACUGGUACAAUUGUAGUUAAGCAACUUGCUUUUGAAAAUGCUAAUAAUGAGUGUCAGGCUGCGAUUCGACCUUGGAGAAAACGGGGAACAUUGGAGGAUUAUAUUCACCUUUGUGCAGACAUUGGGCCUACUUAUAUACAGGGUGCUGCUGUGGCUGCAGCAUUAACUAAAGUGGGGUUUAAAAACAAUCAAAAGAAAACAAAGACUUGUUUUAAAUGCGGAAAGGCAGGUCCUUUUGCUAGAGAAUGUAGAUCUUUUAAUUCUAACCCUAGUCCUUCCUUCCCUACUCAAAAACCUCCAGAUGGUCAGAAAAUCCCUGGUUUAUGCCCUAAAUGCAAUAGGGGAAAACAUUGGGCACAAGAUUGUUGCUCAGUGGCCCACAAGGAUGGGCCACCACUGUCGGGAAACUCUUCCCAGGGCCUUCCCCGGCCCCAACAAAUAAUAAGCGCAAUGUCUGUGUAUCCUCCUCAAAUUAUCAAUCAGACAUUAACCAAAAACAAAAACAUACAAUAUCCUCGCUCUCCAGAGCAACACCAGGAAGCGCAGGACUGGAGCUCAGUACCUCCGCCCGAUAUGUAUUAACUCCUGAAAUGGGUCCUCAGGCCCUCUCUACGGGCAUCUGUGGACCUUUACCCAAGGGUUUGAUGGGACUAUUAUUGGGAAGAAGUAGUGUCACCAUGAAAGGUUUAACUGUUAUGCCAGGAGUCAUAGAUUCUGACUACGAAGGAGAAAUAAAAGUCAUGGCACAAACUAUUAAAAAUAUAAUAACUAUUUCUCCUGGUGAUAAAAUUGUACAAUUGCUACUUUUGCCCUUUGUACCUCAUGGACAAAUUUUACAACAUCAAAAGAGAGAAACAAAGGCUUUUGGAUCGUCUAAUGCUGCCUACUGGAUUCAGAAGAUAGGGAAAGAACGUCCAGAAAUGAAAUGAACCAUUAAUGGAAAGGUUUUUUCAGGUUUGUUAGACACUGGAGCUGAUGUCUCUGUUAUGACGCAGGUACACUGGCCUAAACAUUGGCCCAUUAGUCCUACUAUUACAGAACUUCACGGAAUAGGACAAAGUUCUUCUCCUAUGCAAAGUAGUCAGUUUUUUUUAUGGCAAGAUAGUGAGGGCCAUUCAGGAUAUUUCCAGCCUUAUGUUUUGCCUGGGCUGCCUUUAAACCUCUGGGGCCGAGAUAUAUUAAAAGAAAUGGGAGUAUUACUUUAUAGUCCAAACUCUCAAGUCUCUAAUAUGAUGUUGGAUCAAGGAUUUCUUCCCACAAAAGCGCUGGGAACAAAUCAACAAGGAACUGUCUAUCCUAUUGAUGUGAAAAUAAAAAAUGAUAGACAAGGUUUGGGUUUUUCUUAGGGGCCUUGGAUUCUCCACUCACUGCUGAUCCAAUUACUUGGCUGACUGAUGACCCUGUAUGGGUGGACCGAUGGCCCCUCACAAAGGAGAAAUGAGAAGCUGCAGAACAAUUAGUACUGGAACAAUUAGGGCAUUUAGAAAUUUCCAGUAGUCCUUGGAAUACUCCUAUUUUUAUUAUCAAGAAAAAAUCUGGAAAAUAUAGGUUAUUACAGGAUCUAAGAGCUGUUAAUAAAACUAUGCUAAUAAUGGGAGCUCUUCAACCAGGCCUACCCUCUCCAACAGCCAUACCACACAAUUAUCAUCUUUUAGUUAUAGAUUUAAAAGAUUGUUUUUUCACUAUUCCUUUGUUUCCUGAAGAUAGAAAACAUUUUGCUUUUAGCUUGCCUGCCUUAAAUUUUAAGGAAGCCAUGAGGAGAUUUCAAUGGAAAGUAUUGCCUCAGGGCAUGGCAAAUAGUCCUACAUUAUGCCAAAAAUAUGUGGCUCAGGCCUUGACUCCUGUGAGAAAAAGGUUUCCAUCGUUAUAUCGCAUACAUUAUAUGGAUGAUAUACUUUUAGCCACUGAUAAUAUUUCUUUAUUAGAGACUGCUUUUCAAUUUUUACAACAGUCCUUACAAUCAUUUGGCUUGGUCAUUGCCUCAAGAAAACUUCAAAGACAAUCUCCAUUUUUAUAUUUGGGAAAAUAUAUUGAUAACACUACUAUUAGGCCUCAAAAACUACAAAUUCGAGUUGAUAAUUUAAAAACAUUAAAUGCUUUUCAAAAAUUACUUGGAGAUAUUAAUUGGCUAAGGCCUGCCUUAAAACUUACUACUGCUCAAUUACAGCCUUUGUUUGAUAUUUUUAAGGUGACUCAGAUCCUUCUUCUUCACGCUCUAUGACUCCAGAAGGAUUUCAAGCUUUACAAAUAGUCAAUAGAUCUAUCAGUUCUACACAAUUAACUAGAAUUCAUACUCACCUUCCAAUUUUCUUAAUAAUUUGUCCAACUCCUCAUGUGCCUACUGCCGUCUUAUGGCAAACUGUUGGAAUUAUUGAAUAGAUUCAUAUGAAAUCUACACUCUCUAAAGUUAUUAACCCUUAUUAUGAACUUAUUAGUAAUUUAAUAAUGCAAGGUAGAACUAGAUGCUUACAACCUAUAAGUAUAGAACCUUCUCAAAUUAUUAUGCCUGAUUCAGUUAGUCAACAAAAUUGGCUUUUUCAACAUAGUAAUGAAUGGGGUCUUGCUCUUGCAGGAUUUUCAGGUACCUUGGAAUGCCAUUACCCUGCUGAUAAAUUGAUCCAAUUCAGCAAACUUAACUCAUAUCUUUCCUUCUAUAAUUAGGCAACAGCCUGUCCCUCAUGUACCUUUGGUUUUUACGGACGGUUCUUCUUCAGGAGUGGCUACUGUAAUCAUUGACGACGGAACAAACCUCGUUAAAGAAACUUCCUUGACUUCAGCUCAACGUGUUGAACUGUAUGCUGUCAUUAUGUCUUUUAAACAUUUGCCUUCUAUAUCUUUUAAUUUGUUUUCUGAUAGUAAAUAUCUUAUUAGCUUGUGAUUUCUUCUGGAGACUGCGAGCAUAGGACAUACUAAUGACCCUGAAUUAUCAUCCUCUUUUCGUUUGCUUCAACAGCUUAUUCGUUCCCAUGAUGGUCCUGUUGCAGGUCUGUAUAUCCGUGCUCAUUCUAACUUGCCUGGUCCAUUGACUAAACUUAAUGCGACUGCAGAUGUUUUAACUCGAUCUAAACGUGAUCUUUAUCCUGUACAUUUUCCUCCCAAGAAUAGAGUUGAAGUUACUCCUCCUCCUCAAUCUCUUUUCCCUAAAGCAGGACAUGUCCCAAUUUACCGUACUCCUCCUUUCCGUUCGUCAUGCUGUCAAGAAUGGCUAAUAUACUGCAUUCAUUAUCUCCAUACUCUUGAUACUCAUGGUCCAUGUCCUGGACACCCUCAUAUUAUGGUAAGUUAUGAUCAAACUGCUUCACAAGCAGCACAGCAGUUGCACGCUUUACACCGUCAGUCAGCGGCUACAUUACACACACAAUUUUCCCUUACUCGUGAAGCCGCCCCACAAAUUGUUAAGCAGUGCCCACAAUGCUUACCUCACCUUCCUGUUCCACAUUAUGUUGUUAAUCCUCGUGGAUUAUUACCUAGACAUUUAUGGCAAAUGGAUGUUACUCAUAUCCCGUCUUUUGGGAAAUUACAGUUUGUUCAUGUCACUAUCGACACUUAUUCUGGUUUCCUCUGUGCUACAGCACAGACCGGAGAAGCGACUAAACAUGUUAUCACUCAUUUAUUACACUGUUUUGCUUUCAUGAACCUUCCCAAAAUUAUUAAAACAGAUAAUGGGCCCGCUGCUUUUGCAACAUUUUGUAAUUCAUUACAAAAUUACCCAUAUUACAGGCAUUCCAUAUAACCCUCAAGGACAAGGUAUUAUAGAACGUGCAAAUAGAUCUUUAAAGCUAACUAUUGAAAAAAUAAAAAGGGGGGAAUUGUAUAGAACAACGCCACAUAACCUUAUAAAUGAUGCUCUGUUUAUUUUAAAUGUUCUCACUGUUGACAAAUUUGGCUGCUCUGCAGGGGGAAGGUUGGUGGCUGAGCCAAGAUUGGCCUCUCAAUCUCCGGAGGUCCUCUGGAAAGAUCCGUUAACCAGCACUUGGCGUGGUCCUGAUCCUGUGUUGAUUUGGGGAUGUGGUCACAUGUGUAUCUUUCCCAGAUCAGCGCCUGGACCUCGCUGGCUUCCUGAACGCUUAGUCAAGCAAAUAGAUGGCUCGCCACAGCUCACCUAGUUCAGAAGAUGAAGAAGCUCUGCAUCUCUCCCGAAAAUUUGACAGUGUUGAUUCAGAAAAAGAAGAAGAGGAGACCACUUGCCAGGACGACUCAAAGGAGUGAUGUUCCAACUUGGGGACAAAUUAAACAACUGGUUUCAUGAGCUCAAGAGUCAGUGAAACAACAGAAUAAUCCUGUUACACCUGUAACUUUAUUUUUGGCUAUGUUGGCAACCAUUUCAUGUGUUCCCUCUGUUAAUGCAGCAACUUACUGGGCCUAUGUACCUGAUCCUCCACUAUUACAACCCAUAUCUUGGUCUGAAGCAGAGUUUCCUGUAUUUUACAAUGAUAAAUGUUUAUGGGCCUCUUAUUGGGAAUAUAAAACAAAUCAAUAUGUCUGUAAAUUAUACUAACUGGCUUAGUACCCAUCCUGUCUGUCUUAGCCCAUUGAAUCUGGAAACUGGACGUGUAAAGGCUAUUAGUUAUGAGCAUACAGAUGUUUAUGAGGGAACGGAUCAAUCAAUUAGUUUGUCAGGCUCUCCAGGCAUCCUUCGUUUUACAGGAACCAACAUUACUCUUACAUGCCCGGCUACCAGCUGACGAGAGUAUCUUAAGGAUACCAUCAUUUGGUAUAAAAUGGGCAACCUAUUGAUAUUAGAGGUCAAAUCUCAUACGCCUCACCACUUAGGGAUUCCGCUAUUACUAUAGCCAAGGUUACAGGUGAAGAUUCAGGAAAUUAUUUCUGUAUGAAGCGUUUACUUGGAGGACAAGGGAUACUUAUAGCUGAACAUAAGGUUACUAUGCUUAACAGAAAAUCAAAAAAUCAAUUUCCUCCCCUUAUGACCGUUAACUUUCCUGGAUCCAAUUUUGAACAUUGCAAUGCAUCUUGGAAUAAUAACCAAAUAUGGUGUACUAUAGAUUAUACCAAGGUGUCAAUUCUUAUCUCUUCUUUUCCCAUCAUAGAUAGGUUUAUCACAUUUCAAAAGAACUGGGAUAUAUGGAAACUAGCUCUAACUUAUUCCAAUACACCUGUUAUAACUUGUGUUGCUCCUCCAUAUACACGUUUGUGUGGUUCUAUUAACAUUGGUAAUUCUUCCAAAGGAGGAUAUAAUAUUAGCUGUGUUAAUUGUAUUUUUAGCAGUUGUAUGUUCCCUUCUGCAGGAACGCAAUCUGUGCUUAUACUAAAGCAACCCAUGUAUGUUAUGGUGCCUGUACAUCUGAGAGAACCUUGGUAUGAAGAUACUGGAGUACAGGCAUGGGUGGAACUCUCUAAAGCCUUGCAGAGAGGAGACACUUUCUUGGGUGGCUAAUAGUAAGUUUACUUGCGUCGGCUGCUCUGUCUGCUACCGUGGCUACUGCGGGUCUUGCUCUUUCACAGAGUAUUCAUCAUGCUCACUUUGCUAAUCAGUUAUCUCAACAUAGCAGUCUUGCUUUAUCUUUACAAAGUCACAUAUAUUUACGGAUUAAUAACAAGUUAGAUGAAUUUAAAAACGCAAUUUUGGGGAUUGGAGAUCAGAUGGCAGCAUUAAAAUUGAGGAUGCGUUUAGCUUGUCAUGCAAAGUAUACAUGGAUGUGUGUUGCUCCUUAAAAGUACAAUGACUGUAUUUGGGAAUGGGAAAAAGUAAAAAUGCAUCUGCUGAGUGUUUGGUCAGAUAAUAAUAUUAGUCUUGAUCUUAAGAAAUUAAAUGCUGAAAUUCAGGAUAUACAAAAUGCACAUAUUGAUGAUAUUUCGCCAGAAGAUGUAAUUCAAACUUUACUGAACCAUUUAAAGUGGUUAAAUCCUCAGUCUUGGAUUACCGGAAGGUUGUCAGGAUUUAUUACCCUGGCCAUAAUUUGCCUAUUAUUGAUAUUAAUCUUCUCAUGUCUGUUUCGUAU